AUGCGGAGAGAAGAGCAAGAGUACGAGUAUCUAUACAAGAUAGUGCUCAUUGGUGACAGCGGUGUGGGGAAGACCAACCUCCUUGAAAGACUCGCACACAACAGAUUCAACACAAGCACGCGGUCAACAAUUGGUGUGGAGUUUGAUACGAAGUGUUUUGUGGUUGAUGGGAAGAAAAUAAAGGCACAGAUAUGGGACACUGCAGGACAGGAGAGAUACCGGGCCAUUACAUCUGCUUACUACAGGGGAGCUGUUGGAGCCAUUGUUGUGUACGAUAUAACAAGAAAAGACUCCUUUGACAGCGCCACCAGCCAGUGGAUAAAACAGCUGAAAGACAACUCUGAAAGCGGCAUCGUUAUAUCUCUAGUUGGAAAUAAAACAGACCUAAAUGAAAAAAGACAAGUAUCCCUGCAGAUUGCCAGAGAGGCUGCGCAGAUAGGAGGAUACCAGCUCACUGAGACAUCUGCGCUCUCCGAUGUGAAUGUCCAGGAGGCCUUCCAGACUCUUAUAGAGAAAAUAUACAGAACUCGGGCCGCAGACAGAAACACCUCCUCGAGACCGAAUAUCAUAAACCUAGAAGACGAUGCAUCGCUAAAAACAUCGAGCCACUGGUGCUGCUAA